GUAUCGUUUUUAGUUCUGGAAAACAAUGGAAAGACCAGAGAAAGUUUACCAUGUCAGCACUUCGGGAACUAGGAGUAGGCAAAAAAGUUCUGGAAGAAAAGAUGUCUUUAGAAACCCAGAGAUUAGGCGAAACUUUUCAAUCUCAAAAUGGUAAACCGUUCUCCUUAAAUAAACAGUUGUCACUCUUCACUUCGAGUGUCAUAUACAAUAUCAUAUUUGGUAAAAGGAUCAAAUACAGUGAUUCUGAGUUUCAGGAGAUCGUUCAACAUUUUCAAGAUGUGUUCAAAUAUAUUAGUAUAUUUGUACCAGAAAAUUUCUUACCACUUCUCAGAUUUUUUCGGUGGAAUUCUCCCAUAGAAAAGGUUAUAAGGAAGCAGGAGAAGGUGAAAAGUUACAUAAAAGAUAAAAUCAUAGAACAUAAAGAAACGUUUAAUGCUGAAAACAUAAGAGAUUUCAUUGAUAUGUAUUUGCUGACGCUUCAGAAGGAACCAAACAGUGAAACGUUAACUGAUGAGAAUAUGUUCCACACAAUUUGCGACUUAUUUCUGGCUGGAACCGACACGACUGCUAACCAUCUUACCUGGGCUUUUCUCUGUAUGGCCAAAUACACGGAUGUACAGAAGAAGUGUCGAAAAGAAAUUGUACAGAUCACCAAUGGGACCAGACCUGUUACAAUGGAAGACAAACCACAUAUGACAUACGUUGCAGCAACUCUUUUUGAGGUUCACAGAAUUGGGACAAUUGCUUCUGUAACUGCUCCACACACCGCUGAAGUUCAAACAACUCUUCAAGGUUAUGAUAUUCCAAAAGAUACUCUCGUUUCAUUCUUAUUAUUGGAAGCUCAUUCUGAUCCGAAUUAUUGGGAUAAACCAGAGGAAUUCCGUCCUGAAAGAUGGAUUGAUGAAAAUAAUGAGUUAAAGAAAAAUGAGGCUUUUUUACCUUUCGGUUCGGGUCCAAGAAUGUGUUCAGGAAUGUCAUUAGCCAAUAUGGAAGCUUUCCUGGCUUUUACAAACAUCUUACAGAAAUUUCAGUUGGAAAGACCUGACGAAACACCAAUGACGCUAGAGGGCAACAUGUCUGGCCUCAGUUAUGCCCCAACGAAUGAUGAUAUCCGUGCAAUAUCAUUGUGAUGUAAUUUGGUCAGAAUUUGGACAGCGAGAAGAUAUCUUUUGGAAAGUAGAGAAACAUUUUCUUUGUAGAAUACUGGCAGAUCCGCGAUAGUAAAUUAUAGUAUUUCUCUAUGCUUUCACUCUUGGUAGUUCUCCAACAAUAUUAUUCGAUAGACACACAUGGUAAUAUAUGUAUGCUGGUAUAUCAAUAGGAAUAUAUGCGGAUAUGUACCAUGACAUAUAGAGAAUAAAAAUAGACAAAAUUUCGAGCAAUAUGGUGGACAAAAUGUCUUCCUUUCCCUUCGCAAUUUCCUUGAGUUACAGUUUUCUUUAUGUUGCUAAUUCGUGUACACUCCUUCGUAUAAUUUACGCAAAUAAAACUAUAAGAUAAAUUAUCAUUUCGUUUUUGCAUUGGCUUUGCAAGAUUCUUUGUGUGAAUUCGUGUGUUGAUAGAAAUUUUGUUGUGUCCAGGGAGAGAC